AUGACAGACUCGGACACCGUUGUGAUGACUGACUCGGACACUGUUGUGAUGACGGACUCGGACACCAUUCUGAUGACGGACUCGGACACCGCCGCCAUUCUGAUGACGGACUCGGACACCGUUGUGAUGACGGACUCGGACACCGCUGCCGUUGUGAUGACGGACUCGGACACCGCUGCCAUUCUGAUGACAGACUCGGACACCGUUGUGAUGACGGACUCGGACACCGUUGUGAUGACGGACUCGGACACAGUUCUGAUGACGGACUUGAACACCACCGCUGCGUGUCCUGUUGUCAGACGUUUUGGGUCCACAGACUGUUUCCAGGCAGCUGAUGAUGAUGCUGAUUAAAACAUGAGAUUUUA